CCUCCCCGGUGACGUGCCUGGCGGAGGCCGCGCUAGGGCGCUGGAGCUGCCACCGAGCGGCUGUCAUGGCGUCGGAGGCGCUGGCUGAGGAGAGCGGGCCGCGGCGUCUAUAGGACCCAGGGGCGGGCGGCCGGGGGAUGGAGAGCGGCCCUGACAGCCCGCAGCCUCUGGAGCUCGGGGGUGCGGCGGGGCGAGAGCCGCCGGCGGAAGGGCGACGGCACGGCGGGCGCGAGGCUGAGGCUGGUCCCGCGGGAUGCGCGGCGGAGAGCGGCGGGCAGGGGGCGGCGGCCGCGCGGAGCAGCCUCGGGGACCCGGCGUCCCCCGCACCGCACGGCUGCGACGCGGGCUUGGACUUGAAGGACAGCGCGUCGCCGAGCCCCGCCGCCUCGGAGGAGGCGCCUCCGAGAGGGCAGCACAAGGUGACCGCCUCCCCGGAGCCGGCGGAGGCCGCGGCGGGCGGAGUGUCGGGGCCGGUGGGAGACGCGCCGGGCACCUGCAGGGUGGAGCAGGCGGCCGAGGAGCCCAGCAGCGCCGGCGCCCCGAGCAGCAGCUGCAGCGAGCCGAGCCCCGCUGGGGACUCGCCCAGCUUGGACUCCCUAGAGUCUUUCUCCAACCUGCAUUCUUUCCCCAGUAGCUCCGAGUUCAAUAGUGAGGAGGGAGCGGAGGCCAGGGUCCCCGAGGACGUGGAGGAGGGCGCGGCCGGGCCGCCGAGGGCUGCCCCUCUGUGCAAAGAGGAGGAGGGAGACGAGGACCCGGCUCAGGUGCUGGCGGCCUCCAAAGAACGCUUCCCGGGACAGUCAGUGUAUCACAUCAAAUGGAUCCAGUGGAAAGAGGAGAACACGCCUAUCAUCACCCAGAAUGAGAACGGGCCCUGCCCUUUGCUGGCCAUCCUCAAUGUUUUGCUUCUGGCCUGGAAGGUGAAACUCCCACCAAUGAUGGAAAUCAUAACUGCGGAGCAGCUGAUGGAAUACCUAGGCGAUUACAUGCUUGAGGCAAAGCCAAAAGAAAUUUCAGAAAUUCAACGUGUAAAUUAUGAACAGAAUAUGAGUGAUGCUAUGGCAAUCUUGCACAAACUGCAGACAGGCCUGGAUGUGAAUGUGAGGUUCACUGGGGUGCGAGUGUUCGAGUACACACCAGAGUGCAUCGUCUUUGACCUGCUCGAUAUUCCUCUGUACCACGGGUGGUUAGUGGACCCUCAGAUUGAUGACAUUGUAAAAGCUGUUGGCAACUGCAGCUACAACCAACUGGUGGAGAAGAUCAUCUCCUGUAAGCAGUCAGACAACAGCCAGCUGGUCAGUGAAGGCUUUGUAGCUGAGCAGUUUCUAAACAAUACAGCCACUCAACUGACGUACCAUGGAUUAUGUGAACUGACUUCAACGGUUCAGGAAGGAGAACUCUGUGUGUUCUUUCGGAAUAAUCAUUUUAGCACCAUGACAAAAUACAAGGGUCAACUGUAUUUGUUGGUAACAGACCAGGGGUUUCUUACUGAAGAGCAGGUUGUCUGGGAAAGCCUGCACAGUGUAGACGGCGACGGGACUUUCUGUGACUCGGAGUUCCGCCUUCGGCCUCCUUCAGAUCCCGAAACUGUGUACAAAGGUCAACAGGACCAAAUAGAUCAGGACUACCUUAUGGCACUGUCCCUGCAACAAGAGCAGCAGAGCCAAGAAAUCAACUGGGAGCAAAUCCCAGAAGGAAUCAGUGACCUGGAGCUGGCGAAGAAACUGCAGGAGGAGGAGGACAGGCGGGCCUCUCAGUACUACCAGGAGCAGGAGCAGGCACAGGCGGCCGCCGCCACCACUUGCACACAGGCCCAGCCGGGCCAGCCAGCACAAGCCUCUCCAUCAAGUGCAAAACAGCCUGGGAAUAGUGACCGGAAACGCAAGGAACCUCGGGAAAAAGACAAAGAGAAAGAAAAGGAAAAAAAUAGCUGCGUGAUUUUGUAGGAUGCGCUGCCUGCCAUCUGUGGGAGCCACCUAUGCAGAUGGCGGGAAGGAAGACCCAGUGCCUACCGUGCCUGAUCUCCCAGGGGACUUUGCUCAUGUUUCCAGGGGAAGGCUGUUACUUUGUUACAAUCAACGUUUUCAAGUUUCACAAUACACCCUUUAUGAGCUGGAGUUUUACGUUACAAGUGGGAACUGUUGUGUGUUGUCACUCGUAGCCAAAUAAGUGUAUGACUCCUAUUUUGUGUCUAGUGACAUCGCAACUCCAAUCUGUUAAGUAAGCUACCAUGUUCUGUCUGACAAUGGACGGAGGCCACUUAGUGAGUUCACUCCUCAAGAUGUAAUUAUUAGCACAAUUAUUCCAGAGACUUUGUCAUUAAAUUAUGUUCAAAUCCAUGAGAAAUGAGGAGUUUGGGAUAGGGAGGGGGAAAGCAGGAAUAGUGACUAGUUCAGGCCUUGAACAGUUUACCUUUCUCUAGCAAUGUACAUUUUAGCUAUUAUCUUGAGAGCUUGGAUCUAAUUUAGAUAGAAAAAAAAAUAUUUUUUAUU